GGGCUUUGCGUCACAGAGGUGCGACAGAGUCCCGGGCUGAGUCGCCGCCACCGGCAGGUCUGAGCUGCGGGCCGAGGCGGCGCCGCCGCUGCCGCAGGGUGCGCGAUGCCUUGAACCUGGGAAACUAUGUGAAGCAACACUCUUUCUGGAUUUUGAAAGACAUCAUUUCAUCAUGGGACAGCAAAUUUCGGAUCAGACACAGUUGGUUAUUAACAAGUUACCAGAAAAAGUAGCAAAACAUGUUACAUUGGUUCGAGAAAGUGGCUCCUUAACUUAUGAAGAAUUUCUUGGGAGAGUAGCUGAGCUUAAUGAUGUAACUGCUAAAGUGGCUUCUGGCCAGGAAAAACAUCUUCUCUUUGAGGUACAACCUGGGUCUGAUUCCUCUGCUUUUUGGAAAGUGGUUGUACGGGUGGUCUGUACCAAGAUUAACAAAAGCAGUGGCAUUGUGGAGGCAUCACGGAUCAUGAACUUAUACCAGUUUAUUCAACUUUAUAAAGAUAUCACAAGUCAAGCAGCAGGAGUGUUGGCACAGAGCUCCACUUCUGAAGAACCCGAUGAAAACUCAUCCUCUGUAACAUCUUGUCAGGCUAGUCUUUGGAUGGGAAGGGUGAAGCAGCUGACCGAUGAGGAGGAGUGUUGUAUCUGCAUGGAUGGGCGGGCUGACCUCAUCCUGCCUUGUGCUCACAGCUUUUGUCAGAAGUGUAUUGAUAAAUGGAGUGAUCGACACAGGAAUUGCCCUAUUUGUCGCCUACAGAUGACUGGAGCAAAUGAAUCUUGGGUGGUAUCAGAUGCACCUACUGAAGAUGAUAUGGCUAACUAUAUUCUUAACAUGGCUGAUGAGGCAGGCCAGCCCCACAGGCCAUGACCUUGGAGUGAAAGUCUUCUGUUGCUAUUGUGCGCUACAAAUAUUUGGUCAUGGGGGAAGAAUGCAGGGUUAUGGCACAGACACAGAAAAAAUCCAUUUUGCCCACUCUUUUAUUUUUGCUAUUCUGAUCAUUUGUGCCCCUUUUAAAAAUAAACUUCCCAUGUCUUCCAUUUGUGGUACUAAAAUUUGCUACUGUUUUAGACCAUAUUUUCCUGUUAUUCAUCUGUUCAAAUUUGUAUUAUUACAACUAAUAGCUCUUGAAUUCUUUGCUAAAGGUAACAGCAGCACUUCCAGAGGCUUCUGAAACACUACUGUUUUGCAGGGCAGGAGUAUUCUGGAAUCUUUUUACUUAGAUAUAAAAUAAACCUCAAACAUUAGAAAGUUGUAGCCAUCGGAGCGAGGAAAUUUUAAGUGACUGAAAAUGUAGAAUACUUCAAAGUGCAUGUUACUACUUAAAACUAGUCUUUCUGCUGGAAUCUAAGGAGUAUAUAUGCCCCCUUGUGGUUAAUUAUUGCUCCUUUAAUAAUUUUUACUUGAAAUGAUCCACAAUUAUUUCAUAACUUUAACAGUGUGUUUUGGAACUACUGUGCUUAAAGAUUUGUUUGUUUGUUUUUGCCAUACUGUAUAAUUUGAGUGAGGUCUACAAAGUUGGGUGUGACUUUCCUUUGCAAAUGGAUUUCUCCUGGGAAAUUUUCUUGGCUGUUCUGGAAGUGCUUUCCCACAGCUGGGUAACUGUUCUAAAUGGCUUUGAUAAUGCUCACACAUCUUGGAGUUUCAAAAGGAAAUUCUUCUGCAUCACAAAUACUAAAUUUUAUAUUUCUAAAUUAUUAUAAGUCAUUUAAUAUUGGUUUAUGGUGCUUUUAUUUCCUUAACUUGAAAACAUCUUUCUGAGAUUUCAGAGUCCUCAAAUUUCUUAGAUUAAGAGACAAGAGGCCAGUGCAGUGGUUCACACCUGUAAUCCCAGCACUUUGGGAGGCCGAGGUGGGCGGAUCAUUUGAGGUUAGGAGUUUGAGACCAACCUGGCCAACAUGGCGAAACCCUGUCUCUACUAAAAUAACAAAAAUUUAGCUCUACUAAAAUACAAAAAUCGUGGUGGCAGGCGCCUGUAAUCUCAGCUACUCGGGACGCUGAGGCAGGAGAAUCGCUUGAACCCAGGAGGUGGAGGUUGCAGUGAGCUGAGGUCACACCACUGCACUCCAGCCUGGGAGACAGAACGAGACUCCGUCUCAAAGAAAAAAAAAAAAAAGACAUGAAAAUAGAGUGAGGCUUUUUUACCAUAUAUACAUAAAAUACUUAUGAAAAUUAGAAGAUAAUUUGGCAUUCUUACUGUUUCACAGUACUUCCAUUGAAAUACUCUUUCCAUUAAAAUAUUCUGAAAGAAUAUAGUAAUAAUGGAAUUGUGAUCUUCAGUUGCACCUCAACCAUUUUUUUUUGCUUAUGAACUAAAAUUUCUAAAAUUAACAUUUCAGCAUGUAAUAAAGCAAGGGCCUGUCUCCUUUAAAAUUUAACAUUCCAUAUAAUUUUUUGACUUAUUCAUAAGUUGCAAAUAUUACUAUUUUCCUAAACCAGGGUACACAAUUUAAGUUGCCACUUAUUGAUGACAGAAUUUCUGGAUAAUAGGAUUUUAAUAGGCAAGCAAAUAAAAUUAAUUUCAAGGAAAAACAUCUGGCCAGAGGUAGCUUGAUUUUGCCCCCCAAAAUACUGAAGACUAAUCCAUUGAUAUUCAUAAUGGGACAGCUAAAUACUAAAUAGCUAACUACUCCCCGUGGAGGUUUAUGCAAGCGGAGUACCAGGGGCUCCAUCAUAUCAACCUGGCAAUGCACUUGGUGGUUGUGCGACCUUGAGAAAGUCUCUUACUCUUGUUUGUAGGUUCCUACUUUAGAAACUGAGACUUUAUUUGUGGUUUUCACACUAUUUCAGCAGCAAAAACUUUUUCAGGGAAAAUCUUACAGAACCCUUAAACACACGUGCAUACACACAUACCCUGCACCCCACUAUAUAAAAGUCAAAUUAAUAUAAAUGUCCUUAUUUAUUGUAUAAACUUUAUAUACUAUAAAUGUGAUUAAGUCAAUGAAUAAAAACAUAUUAAUGCAUUGGUGAUAUCCAGCAUGUUUGAAUUUGGUGAGUAACACAUAUAGUGGGAGUUGUUUUUUUAAAAAAAAAUUUAAUUAAAUUCAAGUCAAAUGUGCAGAACCCUGUAUCUCCUCCAUAGAUUCUUAGUAUUCCAUGGAACGUAUUUUGAAAACCUUGGGAUAGAUGAUCCACUGAAACCUUUUCCAGCUCUAAGAUUUUAAAUUGUCCUUUUAGAUUAGACUUGCUGAGUUUAAUUCAGUUUGCAUAAUUUUAAAAUGUUUCUGGAAAGUGAACAAAGUUACCUUACAGAGUUUUGGAUCUUUCCAGGGAUAGCCAAUGAUUUUAUCCCCCAGAAUCCUUCACCUUUCAAGGAAUUAUUUAACAUUGAGCCCAGUGACUCAAUAGGGCCCAAACCUUUUUAUUUUACAAUGUGAGCUCCAAGACACUUACUGAUCUACUGUGAAUAUAAAAUGUUAUUAUAGCCUUAGCAAAUAAAUGAGCACAGCUCUUUGUUCGCUCUAUUAAACUGGGUGAUAAUUAUUUAGAUGUGAAUGUUAGGUCAGUUCUACUGUAAUAACUAAUCAUAGAAGUUGUAAAUUUGUUUAAUGGAUGAAAUGUACACUUUUUGUAUUCUGUACAGCUUUGUCUUUUUUAAAUAUGAAAUACUUAAAUGUACUUACCAUGAUAGGAAAUAUAAUGUGUGCCUUCUAGGAUUUGUGAAGUGGUUUCAUGAACUCAAGGAAUUUGUUUUCCCUAUCCUAACUCAAUAACAGGGUUUACUCUGAUUAUGUAUAGAACCUUAGUUUGAGAAAAUGAAUUUUACUAUGUACUGAAUUUAGAGGUUGAGAAUAAUAGUAUCUGUGUUAUUCUUAGUACCCACUGAUAAAUUGUGCAAUAAAUAAUCUUUCGCAAGUAGUUUUAGCUAAUUGAAGAGAUUCUUUUCUUACGUAAUUUCACAUUCUAAUAUACUACAUGUUUAUAUUCC